CAAAUAAUGGUCUUGCUGAAAGGUUUAAAUUUAUGUAUAAUAAUCUAGAGUGCAAAGUUUAACAGAAGCAAAAUCACAAGGAUUAGCUAAGACAUGAGGCCUGCGGGUUAUUUCCGUUACAAGAAUGACUCAUUAAGGUGUUUUACUUUCGGUCCCUCGUGGAAUGUUAUUUUUCCUGUAAUCAACUUGUCUUAAACAAAAAGAGAACUGAAAACCUUUCACCCUUGUUGAUAAGAAAACAGCUAUCGAGUGUGUGCUUUAUUCGUAACUGAAGUUUCUCAAAAGUAUUUCCCGGCAAAAACUUGGAGUAGUUCCAUUUUUUUUUUGUAGUUUUACACGAUUGCACCUGGACUCAAUGAAGGAACAUUACUUGAACGAGCUAGAUUUUCCCUUGUUCAGGGUCAAAAUAGAUGCGUAGGCACUUAAAAGUCCACGCGGAAUUUAAUGACGUAGAAAUAUAGGAUAUCGUGUUGAUGGCUUAUGAAAAUAAUGCUGUUAUCCUUCAUUAUAAAUCAAUUCAUAGCCCUUACGUUUCAGAAACCGCAUAGUUGUAGCAUAAAAAAACACAAAUAAACAAAUAAACAAAACAAGGGGGCAGAAUGGCAAAAAUUUUGAUGAUCGUAUUAGUUUCCGUCGAGAGCCUGCUAAAAUUAAAAAAAAACCCGUGCUGAACAAAACAAAAAACAAAAGUUGCAAAUCUAAAUAAUUUUAUAACAUUAUCCGUCCGACGCGUGGUGCAAAGAUUAUUCAAAGUCUGGACAUCGGGGAAUAACUGAGUUACUUAACAGUUUCGAUUCGCCACAGCUAUUAACAGCUCACUCGUUUUAGAUGGUAACACGCAAACAAGGGAUUAUAUAAAUCAGUAUCAGUGGAUUAAAGUCUUUGAAACGGUUUUCCAUGACCCUAACUCAUUUUUGGUUAAUCCGUGGGUUAAAGCUUUUAGCAUGCUAGCCUUCUUAAUUCUAACUGAUUUCCACUUGGUCGCCAGCUGUUACAACCGAGCGCCGAUAACUGCGGUUUAACUUUUUUUAACACUUUACUUUGGUAAUGAGACAUCCUUGACGCCCUUGCUUGGUAGCUUCACUUCAGUUGAUAUUUAAAAAUGAGUGCAUCGUGAUAUCGCUGAAUUGGUUUGCAGCUGAAUUGGCCACACACCAAGUAAUGACUGAACAGUCUGUAACCCAGCUUAAAUACUUUCUCAGCGGGACUUUCUGAGCCCAUAUUCUGUGGCGGGAAAAAAAAAAAAAAAUUCCGUCCAUAACUAUACCGGGAGGUUAGUAUAUUUUAACUAUUGUUACGUCUGGGGCGCUUUUGUUUCUGUCUUCUCCGUUUCCUUUUGCUGUUUCAACACGAAAAAUAUUCACUUUGUUUUGUUGCUCCUAUCAAUUCACAAAUUAGCAUGAGUCAUUUUGCGAAACGUGUGAAUGAUAAACAUUUGGAAGUUAAUUCUUUUUUUUUAACAGAAAAAAUUGUCCGAACUUUUUGAAAAGUUUUUAAAACUUUAGAGCGGGUAAAAAAACCGCGUAGCAAAUUUGUGGGUGAACUGCUCUGUUGUUAAUAUUUAAUAUAACAUGGUCUGGAAAGUAGCUAUUUCGCAGUUCGUGAAACAAAAACUUCCCAUUCCUUAUUCAUUUUUUGGUACUGGACUCCAAAAGUUGCGUUUUAUAAAUCCUAAAACACGUUUUUAGGAAGCUUUUAGAGCAGGUAAGGAGUACGUGAGGAGAAACGUAAUCUUUAUUGGUUUAGUCCAGGAUGUAAAUAGGCAUGUGUCAAUCAGUGACAAGAACUGACGUAAAUCAAUGGCCUUUCCUUCGUAAUUCGUUUAUCUUUAUUUUUCGAAAGGGUAAUUUUUUUCUCUUUUGAGUAGAGAAUUAGUAUUCAAACUAUGAUGGUUUUCUUGAUUAGUUUUUCAACGCUAACGCGAGACAAUGGUCGUGUUAGCAUGGUUACACAAAUUGUUGUGGUUGAGUGCACUCUAUUCAGCUCGAGUACAAAACAAAUUGAGAUAUGGUUGUUUUGUUUUGUCCUAAUUUCAGGCCGCGUUCAUGCUCCCAGAGGACUCGUUGAAUUUUCUCAACUGUCAGAAUUUUCUGAGCAUCUACAGAUCCGGAAAUACUUGGUUAUGUUGACCUUGUAAAAUCGCUUCUGUAUUGUCUUGACAGUAUUAUGUGCGCGUUCAAGCAACCUGCCAUUCUCAUUCAAAUUCAUUGUGUAAUUCUCUUUUCAAGCAAAAUAUCCAAGUAAUUCUUUCGCGGAUAAUUUUGGUGUAAUGUUCGUUGUUAUGGGCUGUCCAAGUCCGCCUUCUUCACGCGGCAAAUUGAUUGUCUUGACAAUAGCUAUUUAAAGGCGAACAGGAAAUGACAAAAACGUCAUGCGUUAUUAGGCUCCGAAGACAACUUUGAUGGGCUUUUGACAGCUGCUCGGCCAAUCGCCUCGCUAAUAGUUUCAUUACAGUAAUUGAGCAGUACGCCUAAGUGAUUUAUGAAUGUCCACUAGUGAGCGACAUUAGGUCUCUAUGGUGUAUAAAUAAAAUCGUUUAAUGAUUGAUUACAACAGCAAAACUCUAUCCUCGAACUUGCCGGGCUGUUUAUCUGUUUGACUCGCGUCGGGGUCUUGGGUCAACCGCGCGCUGUGCCAGGUUAACUCUCAGCGCGAUUAAACUGACCACGCAAUUUGCUGGACAUACACUCGCUCAGGCGAAUUUGGUGAUAUCGCGCCAACAAAACUCUCGCUCUAGCUUUGCAUUUAGAAACACCCAAGCUCUCGAGAGCCGUUAAGCUUUUCUUGUACUAUGAUGACAUCCGUUGAAAGCCCGGAAGGUCAGCUCAACACACGUGCCGGACUGGCUCUGGCGGGAUGCACCAGUUCCAUACUUCAGGGACAAGAGUUCGAUUUCGAUCGUCACGUUGAAUCGCUCAUCCCGUACUCACAUCCGUCAAACUUCUACGAGGAAAUGCACGGAGCAGCGACCACAAUCCCAAGCCAAGCAGUUCAGUCGGGAUAUUCUCAAAUCCACACCAUGGCGUUCGGCUUCUCGUCAGCUCUCCCGCACGGCCAGUUGAGGUCGGACACCAUCGAAGUCGAACUCGAGAAUAAAGAUCUUUGGGACAAGUUCCACGAGAUAGGGACAGAGAUGAUCAUUACGAAAACAGGACGACGUAUGUUUCCCGUAAUUAGAGUUAAUAUAAGCGGCUUAAACCCCAAGGAGGAAUACGUCUUGGUCUUAGACAGUAUUCCAGGAGACGAUAACCGGUACAAGUUUCACAACUCCGAGUGGUCAGUGACGGGCAAGGCAGAGCCCCUGAUGCCAACGAGAAUCUUUAUUCAUCCUGACUCACCAGGGACCGGCUCACAGUGGAUGAGACAAGUUGUGUCGUUUCAGAAGAUGAAGUUGACAAACAAUCAUAUGGAUCAAAUGGGACACGUUAUUCUGAACUCCAUGCACAAGUACCAGCCGCGUGUUCACAUCAUCCCAGCCAAGGAUUACAGCCCGUACGGUUUGAGAAAGGGUUCGUUUUACACCUUCGUCUUUCCUGAGACUCAAUUCAUGGGAGUGACUGCCUAUCAAAACCCGAGGAUAACUCAACUGAAGAUCGAAAACAACCCGUUUGCAAAAGGUUUUCGAGGAAGCUGUAACAGCACCAUGCAUCAUAUUGCAAUGAAAAGAAAGUCCCCAGACGACUACAACGACACAGACUGCCUUUCCAUCUCCCCCGCGGGAUCAACGUCAAGCGGUGAAUCCGGUAAACGCGCAUUCCAGGACUCUCCGCCAAAAUUCCCGGACAUCAACGACCCCUCCCCUCCCCCGAUGAUGGGGCACACGGGAAGCGCGUUUGGACAUGUCGUGUUUCCUCGUCGACUGUCAGAAACCUUCGAGUCAUCUUGCGCCUUCACAUCGCUUCAGAGCAGCUGUCGACAGCAAUCUUUCUGCUCCGAGAGGCCUGCGGCGACAACACCGCUGACCACAUCUUCAACAUUGAAUCUGACCCCACAUCCUUACAUGCACAGCCUUUCAAUUAACUCUCUCACACCGCUGUCCUCGACGAAUGCGCUCUCGCAUCCGUGCCAUGCUCCUCGGCCACUUCCACAUCCGGGAUACAUUGGACACCCCAAUGAGCAUACAAUUCACCAUACAGCGAGUCAUAUUACUACGCAUGCGCAUAUGCACUCGACGUUGAACGGGUAUCCUGACAUUUUACGUCAGGACUGCCGACCCGAUUAUGGACUGGGGAGAGAUGAUUUCAGCAAACCGCUGACCAUAUCUACGACGUUUCAUGCUGGUUUUCCGGGAAACCCUCCGCCAUAUCCUUACCAUUGAGAAGAACAUGUGGCCAUAAGCGGUUAACAUUCUAUAUAUUUAGCGUUCAGAUCCGUGCAAAGAGUUUGGGCGUCCUCAAGCCGGUAUGGUUGCGUUCACUUCAAGUUCUAUAAGUUACUUUUAUAAUCAGGUUAUUUAUCAGGUGUGGUCAUAGUCCAAAUCAGCGUCAUUCCUUUAGACAAGCAAAAAUAAUAGUCGUGCAAAGAAAACUGGGGACUGAUUGAAUCACUAUAGAACGCCUAUCUAUUUAAACAACUCACGUUGUUCAUUCAUUAGUUGUUUAACAGAAGCCCACACCACUUCAGUAGCUUGUACAUGUUUGAGGAGUCUAUCCCCUUUGUAACUUCAUUACGACAAGAAAUCUCUUCAAAGGACGUUAAAGAUGAUUUCCAAAGCGUACUGCGCAGUCUCAGCACUCCAAUCCUCGAUGAAAUGCGAAUUAAUGUUAUUCUUUACCAACUGCUUACCUUAUAUUUUUUGGCAUUUUAAAUUCUUUUGUCCAACAGUUUCUUUAAUUCCUGCAGCUAAAAAGUUGUUUCAUCUAGUAAUAUCAGAAAGAACGAAGCUUAAAGGUCAUUAAGUUUGGCAUCCAUAAUGGCGGUCAUCAUAAAGUUUUGACCUUACUACAUGACAGUGGCUGCGAAUUAAAACAAUCAAAACAAAAACGUAAAUAAACCCUCGAGAGUGGGCAAUACGGACUGGAAAUCACUUAUUUCAGAUACCGAUAUUUGCGUGACUCGUUUUGCCGUAACGCAAAGUCACGUAAGUAACGCUAAGGUCUGCGUGCAGUAUUCAAUCAUGACAGGAGCUCCCAAUUGUGACGUCAUUAUUUCUUCAAUAUAAUAUUUAACAGUUUGCUUUACAACUGCUAUUUAUAUUAAGAGAAAAUGUCAUAGUAUUAAACAUUAGAUAGAAAACGGUUUGGUAUCAAAGAUUUUAAUGAACGAUUGUUUUUUUUUUUCAUUCAAACAAGUGCACUGCCUGAUUAACCAGCAAUUUCAAGCAAUUCAAAUAAAUAUUAGAUACGUAAAUAUCAAGAACGUAAAAAAAAUUCUUCCGAAAUGAAGUAGCGUCUGAAUAGUGGUUAGCAUUUCACAAAUAUUUAAGUAGAGUAUAUGACAGUUUUAUUAUUUAUUUUCUAGUCCCUUUACGUUCUGUAGUCAGCAUAGAAAUUCUCCGUACCCUUCUUUGCUCUUUCCCGUACAUCGGACUCAGAGAAAUUACUGCCAGUGAUUGAAAGGUACUGCACAAAGUGGUCGACUUUCCUUAUUGCAGGGGCGGACUUAGGGAGUGGGGGGGAGGGGGGGUAAUGUCUA